UUUUCCAUCAUCUCUCCCUCAAAUGUUUUCUAUUCUCCUCCCAAUUUCAUUGGCUUACACUCAUGCACUGAUGCACACAUAACAAAUCACUCAAUACUUGUAUGUAUAUAUGGAGGAUUCUAUAUCGAUGUGCUUACAAACAAUCAUAACCUGAAAAGUUAGGUUUUUUCUUUUGUGUUUCCCAUACGCGCACUGCAAUCGAAGAGCAUUCAGCUUCAGAGGUGAUAUUAUGCAUCCACCUAUUGAUUUUAUGCGAUUGAUGGAUCACAAUUCCACGAUAUAUUUCGAUCACAACCUCGGUUGGUCUCUGGGCCCAGGGAUUGAUUUAUUGUCCGAGUGUAGAAAUUGGAUUCUUGUGUGAUUUGUUUAGUGCUGCAGCCGAUAAUUUGGGUAUUAGGCAUUUCUAGCUUAUCCUUGGCAGUUUUAGGUUCUUUCUGAGAGGCGCCCUGCGAGGUAUGGCUAAUGUUCGUCAGCAGUUGCAGCAGAAACCCGAGAGCACAGAGAAUGACACCCGUUCAGAGUUCGAGAGGGGUUUGGAGGAACUCAUGCUUGGCGAUUAUGACGAGUACAUGUCGUUUGCCUCCUGCAGCUUGCAGAGAAUGGCCACCACUGAGGACGAGGAAGGUGAGGACGGUGAUGACCUGGCGGAGUCCUCUGUUGCCCGUAGACGCCACUCGAGGAUCCUCAGCAGGUGGGCCGCUCGCCAGGCUCAGGAGAUGAUAACCACUAUGGAGAGGAGGAACCGCGAGUCUGAACUGAUGGCCCUUGCUGGCCUCCACACAGUCUCCACGCUCGACUCCUCCUUCCUGAGGGAGUCUCAGUCCCCGAUCUCGAGGCGCCAGAGGGAUGUCGAGAGGCUCAACACUCGCGCCUCGUCUAUCCUUCAGAUGUGGCGGGAGCUGGAGGAUGAGCACACCAGGCAACAGAGGAUCACAGAUUCUAACACGAAUACAGCUGUUGACAUGUCCGAGGAGAGAGGAAGUGAGAACCAGGGCCCACAGGAGGGCUCCAGCCGUGAGCAGUCUCCUGAUCCUGGGGAAGUUGAGAGGGAGAGGGUGAGGCAGAUUGUUAGUGGGUGGAUGGAGAGUGGAAUUAGUGGCACAGAAAAUAAUGUGAUGCAGAGGAGUGAUAGUCCUAGAGCUGAAUGGCUUGGGGAGACUGAGCGUGAGAGAGUGAGGAUCGUGAGGGAGUGGAUGCAGAUGAAUAGCCAGCAAAGAGGAUCCCAUGGUGGUGGUGGCGAAGUGCAAGUUGAUGGUGCUCGUGAAGGGUCUGCGGCAGAACAAGAUGAUGGCCAGCCAGAGCAUGCGCGCCGGGACAUGUUGAGGUUAAGGGGACGACAAGCGCUAAUUGAUUUGCUCCUGAGAAUUGAAAGGGAGAGGCAACGGGAACUUGAGGGCCUUAUGGAACACAGAGCUGUUUCUGAUUUCGCACACCGCAAUCGUAUUCAGUCCCUACUCAGAGGCCGUUUCUUAAGAAAUGAGAGUCCUACUGAGGAAGACAGACCACCUUCGGUGGCGGCUAGUGAGUUAAACCAGCUAAGACAGCGACACACAGUCUCAGGCCUGAGGGAAGGGUUCCGCUUUAGAUUGGAAAACAUUGUUCGUGGUCAAGUAAGCAGCCAACCCGAGACAUCUUUGAAUGGUGACAAUAAUGAAUCUAGAAGAGAUCAAAGGAACACAAACGUUUCAGACAGGCUGCAACAUGCGCAACAACAUAUCAAUGUUCAAUUGCUGAAUCGCAUGGAGAAUAUUGAUAGAUCUGCUCAAAGUACAGAUCUAAAUGUUGCCACUGAUGCAGGAAACCAAUGGCGGGAACAAGUUUCUGAAAACGAGAGAGUAACCUUACAACAAUCAGGCGGUGUAGCCCAAAAUAGGCCAGAAAAUGCAAUGUCCGACUGGCCCUCGGCAGUGGUAGCUGAAGAUGGACGUCAACAUCGUCUAGAAGAAGUCCAUAGGGUUUGGAACGUUGAUAGCUCAACUGAAGCUGGCAAUACUUGGUCGGAAAGACCUUUAGACCCUCCAAGAACUAGGAGGUCUUUUCCUCUCAGGAGAGUCGCCAGGUUUCACCCGCCCGAAGAUGAUAAUGUAUACAGCAUGGAACUCAGGGAGUUACUGAGCAGGAGGAGUGUUUCUAAUUUACUUCGUAGUGGUUUCCGAGAGAGCCUGGAUCAGUUAAUUCAAUCAUACGUUGAAAGACGACGAACAACUUCUGCCGGUUGGAAUCUCAACCAGAAUUCGCCCCUCCCUUCAUCACCUGAAAGAGAUCAGGAUACACAGAGUAAUGAACAGAUUGAGGAUCAGCGGGACACUACUAGUAGGCCUUCACUAGUGUUACCCACUCCUCCAGUACCACCACCUCAGCCUCUUUGGCAUCAGGAUUUAAACAACUCUGGGUGGUCUCGUCACAGUGUGCAUCGAUCGGAACUUGAGUGGGAGACGAUGAAUGAUCUAAGGGCUGAUGUUGUAAAGCUUCAGCAAGGUAUGAGUCACAUGCAAAGGAUGUUAGAGGCUUGCAUGGACAUGCAGCUUGAACUCCAGCGCUCUGUUAGACAGGAAGUUUCAGCUGCUCUUAAUAGAUCAUCUGAUGGAGAAGGCGUUAUUGCUGGGACGUCUGAGGAUGGGUCUAAAUGGGGACAUGUAAGAAAGGGAACAUGUUGCGUUUGUUGUGAUAAUUCAAUUGAUGCCCUACUGUACAGAUGCGGGCACAUGUGCACAUGCUCUAAAUGUGCGAAUGAGCUGGUUCGUGGUGGUGGAAAGUGUCCUUUGUGUCGAGCACCCAUUGUUGAGGUGAUUAGAGCAUAUUCCAUACUCUAAAAAGAGAAUAAAAUGCAAUAAGCUGUUAGAAGAUUGGUUUGGUUAUAUGGUGGAAAAGGAUGGUCUCCCUCGCUUAGGAUCGGUAGUGUUAAGUCCAUUCUUGUAUAUGUUGAAUGUUGCAAAUUGGACAACAUAUAACACUUAUUGUUUCCUCAUACAUUCGUAAAUAAUAUAUAUCGACUUUUCUUGGGGAGGUAUAUCAAGGCCAUCCUUCAUGUCUGUCGGAUGUUGAUUUUGCAUUUCAACAAGUCUUGUUUUCGACUGUUUCUUCAAUUGAAAUUACUGUUGUAAAAACUAAAAACCUUGGUCAGGUUUAGUUAUUUCGGCAAAAAAUUGG